AUGGCUGACGCACUAAAGGCAGAAGGCAACAAGGCCUUCUCUGCUAAGGACUAUCCCACUGCUAUUGAGAAGUUCACCGAGGCCCUGGCCAUCGAGCCCCAAAAUCACAUUCUCUUCUCCAACCGCUCCGCUGUCUACGCCGCCCAGCAAGAAUACCAAAAAGCUCUCGAAGAUGCCGAGAAGGCUAUCGAGAUCCAGCCCAACUGGUCCAAGGGCCAUGUUCGCAAGGGCGCCGCUUAUCGCGGUCUUGGAGACCUUUUGGCUGCACACGAUGCCUACGAUGAGGCUCUGAAACUCGAACCUGGUAACGCACAGGCCAAGUCCGGAAUGGAGGCGACCCAGCGCGCUAUCAAUGCGGAGGCUACGGCAGAUGGUGUCACUGGAGACCCAACCGGGGGUCUCGGUGGCAUGUUCAACGACCCCGCCCUGUUCCAGAAGCUGGCCAGCAACCCCAAGACCGCCUCCCUGCUGGGCGAUGCCGACUUCAUGGCUAAGCUGCAGAGGAUUCAGCAGAACCCCAAUAGUGUCGGUGAAGAGAUUCGUGACCCGCGCUUCCUGCAGGUCAUGAGCGUGCUUCUCGGUAUUGACAUGAACUUCGGUGGCGAGGGUGCCGAGCCUCCCGCCCCUACUCCCCAGCCCAGCGCCUCUCAGCCCAAGAAGGCUCCCACGCCGGAGCCCGAGCCAAUGGAUGAGGAGGCAAUCAACAAGAAGAAGACCCAGGAGGCUGGCGAUGCCGAAAAAAGAUUGAAGAAGCAGUUCGAUGAGGCCAUUGAGCACUACACCAAGGCUUGGGAGAUCAACAAGGACAUCACCUACCUCAACAACAUCGGUGCCGCCAAGUUCGAGAAGGGUGAUUACCAGGGCACCAUCGAGACUUGCCAGAAUGCCAUCGAGGAAGGCCGUGAGCUGCGCGCUGACUUCAAGCUGAUGGCCAAGGCCUACACCCGUAUUGGUUCCUCCUACGAGAAACUUGGUGACCUUGCCCAGGCCAUCGAGUUCUACAACAAGUCUCUCAUGGAGCACCGCACACCCGAUACCCUGACCAAGCUCCGCAACGCCGAGAAGACCAAGAUCACUGCCGAGAAGAACGCCUACAUUGACCCUGCUGAGGCCGAGAAGGCCCGCGAGCUCGGCCAGCAGAAGUUCCAGGCCGCCGACUGGCCCGGUGCUGUUGAAGCCUUCACUGAGAUGACCAAGCGUGCCCCCUCCGACCCUCGCGGUUACUCCAACCGUGCCGCGGCUCUUAUCAAGCUUAUGGCAUUCCCCGGUGCUGUGCAGGACUGCGACGAGGCUAUCAAGCUCGACCCCAAGUUCAUCCGUGCGUACAUGCGUAAGGGUGAUGCCCUGAUCGCCAUGAAGGAGUACAACCGUGCUCUGGACACUUUCACCGAGGCCGCCGAACACGACGAUGGCAAGCACGCCCGCGAGAUUGAGCAGCGGCAACAGAAGUGCCUGGACGCUCAGUUCAGCGCUCGCGCUGGUGAGACUGAGGAGCAGACCAUGGCCCGUAUCCAGAACGACCCUGAUAUCAUGGCUGUUCUUCAGGACCCUGUCAUGCAGAGCAUUCUCCAGCAGGCCAAGAGCGAUCCCGCUGCCCUGCAGGAGCACAUGAAGAACCCUCAGGUGCGGAUGAAGAUCCAGAAGUUGAUGGCUGCUGGUGUUAUCCGCUUGGGGCGGUAA